GUGUUUGCAGAAAUGAUAAAAGUAUUAAAUAACCGCUGGAAAUUUUUAGUUUUUAUACCACCACAUCGUUAUUUAAACCGUACUCUUUUCUCUUGCUUCAUCCGCCAUUACUAGCGUAAAUAAAUCUCCAGUUGACCCACAAUGCAUUAUGGGAUAUGGUGGGCCGGGAAGGAACCAUCGGACCAGUCCUUCAGUCUGGUCCAAAGGAAGGUUUCAUUUGUUGGCAGCAUCAGAGGAGUCUUCAGUUUUUGAUGGUGCGGCGCUGUGACAUAAGCGGCCGAUGAAUUUGGCCUUCUGAGGACCCAGCCUCUCGUUUUGGACACAGACAGAAAGUUUGUGUUUGUAGGAAGUAGUACUUCCUGUUGAUGAUGUUUCACAAUAAAAGCCUCGGUUGUCUGUCUAACUAUAGAGUGUUGGAGUAUGACAAAGAGACCAGAGAGGUCACAGUCAUCAUGGAGAACCUGCGAUUCCCAAACGGCAUCCAGCUGCUGCCUGAUGAGGAGUCUGUUCUGGUAGCAGAGACCACCAUGGCCCGGAUCCGCAG